CUCACUGCUCUUCUGUCAUUUUGAAAUACACAUGGCUUUGGGAAUGACGAUGUACUGAUAGGCGUUAUUUAUUGGGGUCCCAUCGUUCGUUGACAGAUGGAAACUUAAAGAGAGAGCAGUAAACAGAUAGUGGCGAAGGCGGUGCCGUUGCAUACUCAAAGCUCGUGUCAAAGCGAGGAAAUUGUGAGCGGAGGCACUCGCGGCAAGUAGACUACACACUAACAACUCGUGCCUGCAAGCCGGUUGUGUUAUUAGAGGCUAACUCGUGCAGCUGCACAUUUGGACAUUGUGCCAUAACUGUCCUGGAUUACCACUUUAGGAACGCCAUGACUUGGCAAACAAAUGCAGUGUGUUAGGAUGGAAGGAAUAUGGGUUCAGUGAUAGGUAAGCGCACGUAAACAAAUCUAUAUAGAGUGCAAGCAGGCUGGAAAACCUGAACAGGUGGCAUAUCUCGGGACAUACACGUCAAGUGGAGCAGACGGACAGCUUGCCUCUUUCCGUUAAUCUCCUGCUGACGAAAGCUUUUCAACCCCUCUCUGCCUCAUCGGGAAACACUUCAUUUCGCGAAGUUCUCGCUGCUAUUUUCCAGUGCUGACAGAACGGGUUCCGGUGUCUUACAGGAUUCUUGAGAUGCACAUGCAAGUUUCCUACUGGAUUUAAUAGCGAACGUGUUCUUUCUUUCUUAUGCCUUAUGACUUGGAUGUGGAUGUGAUAUCCACUUGUCAAAAAGCGACAUGUUUCCUGAAAUUAAUAACAAGUCAGCCAGACCCGAGGCUUUCCCUCACCUCCACAGGUCUCAGGCCGAGAACACAAAAAUAGGACCCAACUGCACCUACUCACAGAAGUGUGGGACGGGAGUUGGUACUUUGCCCCAGCUAGAGGCUCCAGUCAAACAAGUUCUGGUGACCAAUGGCAAACUUCUGCAUUCGAAUGGAACCUUACCCAGUAUCGUCAAACAACUGGUGCAAAGCACUCAAGGGAAUCAGGAGGAGAGACCUAGGCCACAGUUUCCCAAUCGCUUUGGUUCAUCUGUGGAAAACCUCUCCGAAUCCUUAACUAGGAGCAUCAUCAAUAAAUUUGAGAAGAUCAGGACAUAUGAGGGACAGAGGCUGCCUAUGUCUCCAACAACGGCACUGAAGCACUUCCAGAACCAGCUAACAGAAUAUGAGAAGGAGGAGAUCAUGGACUACUCUGAGAUCUGGUAUCUGGGUUUGGACACUAAGAAGAUUGAGGGCUCCCAGGGAUCCCCACAGAAUUCAGGCUAUGACGAUGAGCAUGGCAGCUACUUAAAGGUCCCGCAUGACCAUAUAGGCUAUCGCUAUGAAGUCCUGGAGGUGAUUGGGAAAGGAUCAUUUGGCCAAGUCUUGAAAUGUUUGGAUCACAAGACAAAUGAGAUGGUGGCCAUCAAGGUUAUUCGGAAUAAGAAGAGGUUCCAUCAUCAGGCUCUUGUAGAGCUGAAGAUCCUAGAUGCCGUCCGAAGAAGAGACCGAGAUAACUGCCACAAUGUCAUUCACAUGAAGGAGUACUUCUACUUCCGCAACCACCUGUGCAUCUCCUUCGAGUUGCUGGGAGCGAACCUCUACGAGCUUAUUAAGAAGAACAACUUCCAGGGCUUCAGUCUGGGGUUGAUUCGGCGUUUUGCUCAUGCACUGCUCAAGUGCCUCCAGAUGCUGCACAAAGAGAAGAUCAUCCACUGUGACCUUAAACCGGAGAACAUUCUCCUGUCCCAGAGGGGACAAGGAAACAUCAAAGUGGUCGACUUUGGAUCAAGCUGCUAUGAGCAACAGAGAGUGUACACUUACAUUCAGAGCCGCUUCUACCGCUCACCAGAGGUGAUUCUGGGCCAUCCAUACAGCAUGGCAAUAGACGUGUGGAGUCUGGGCUGCAUUUUAGCAGAGCUGUACACUGGCUAUCCCCUCUUCCCAGGAGAGAGUGAAGUGGAGCAGAUCGCCUGUAUCAUGGAGAUUAUGGGACUUCCUCCAAAUGACUUUGUUCAAACUGCAUCAAGACGGAGGUUAUUUUUUGAUUCCAAAGGAAACCCAAGGAAUAUCACCAACAGCAAAGGGAAGAAACGUCGACCCAACUCAAAAGAUCUUGCCAGUGUGUUGAAGACCAAUGAUCCUCAAUUUCUUGACUUCAUUCGACGUUGCCUUGUGUGGGAUCCCACAAAACGCAUGACACCUGAUGAAGGGAUGCAGCACGAGUGGAUCACAGAGGGACGUCUCAACAAGCUCCAUCCUAAACCCCGGCCUAUCCGGAAAGACAUUGACAACAAUUAUGAAUUCACUUACCGCAAAGCGACUUUAAACAGGACAAGCAAGGCUGAUAAAUCUGGUUCUGACGACAAACUUAAGAGGGUCAGUGACACAGCGACAAGCAAAGGAGGCAAGAUGGCAUCAGAAGAGCGUCUGCGUCCUAUAGGAGCUUCAGCCGAGGAAGACAACAGUGAAGACACAGGCAAAAGUGUGAGCAAAGACAGCAAGUCGGACUCAAGUGGAGAGCGCUCCGUUCAGAUCAUCAUCAAACCUCAGACAGGCUCAAGCACUGAUUCUUCAGAAGGACAGGAGCCUCAGUUUCUCCCUCCUAUUGUAUAACACCCCAAAGAAAAGAAUGAGUAAUGUUUUUAUUGCGUAUGGUUUAUAAUUCAGCCGCUUGGUCUGGACUUACCUAAUGUGCGGCUUAGACCGUUUGACUUCUUGUUUGGCAAAAAGUCAAACAAAUUAUUUAUUUUUUAGCAGUUUCUUACUUGUGGUCUGUAAAGUUGCGGUCACACUAGAGUUUGAGCAUCCAAAAAUUAUUUGAUGACAAUUUUGGCUAGAGGAUAUGAUGCUGUAAGGCUUCUGUUUUUAAUAAUGAAUAAAUCACACAAAAUCACAUAAAUAAAUGGAGCCUCUAUUUAUAGUCUAGUGUGACCACAUCUUCACUCUCCAGUCUAGAGGAAUUAGAUUAGUGGUCAAAGAGUGGUAGUCUGUGUUUUUGACUAUUCGAAUGAUUUGAUUUCUAAGUAAAGUGAAUAAUUUGGUAUCAUUUUGGUGCUUGUGAUGUAUUUUGAAAGGAUUAUUAUUAUGAGAUUGUUUGUAACACUAGCAUAUUUUGCAGAGCAUCAUGCUAUGUGCAUGUUUAUUGGGUCUAGUGUGCUUUUUCAUUUUUCUUUUCAAAGCAUCAAAGCUUUUAGCAAUGUCAUUAAUAGAGCUAAAGGUGAACUUGGGUACCAAAGCUGCUUUAUUGUGCAAUAUUACUGCAUGGAUUAACAGUGUUUGUAUGCUUUGUUGUCAUUUGCCAGGUUUUUUUAUUAUUAUUAUUUCUAUGAGUUUGUAAGCUGUCGGUGCAAUAAUUACGGAGCCAAAGAGAUUAAUUAUAUAUGUUUUUGUUCUAGAGAAACACAUCCUCUGACUAAAUCUGAUGGAAAGCACACUAGAUCAUCAAAAUAUGCACAAUACUUGCAUGAUUGUAUUGAUGACGACCGAUAAUGAUGGCAAUGUUGAUGAUAAUGGUUAUGAUUUAGAUUUAGAGGGAAGGUCAAGAAUGUUGCCGUUUAAAGUAAAAUUAGUGGAUCGUUGUAUGUUUAUACAGAAUUAAAAAUACAACAUUUUCUGGAUAGUAAUAGUAUAUUUUCCUGUAUAUAGAGUUCUUAAGGUAAAUACCAUGCACCCUGUGUGGAUGCCACAAAGUCAUGUAAACAUUAGACAAGGUUUUACUUGUUCUCAUUUUGUUUAUCUGUUAUAAUUGUUAAAGAGAUUUUUACUACCAUAUGCUAUCUCUCUCCCUUGUUGUUGCUUGACAGUUUUGUUUAUGGGAUUUUAGAAGAAAGUUUUGGAUCAAGGGUGUUAGGUAGUGCCUUUCAGUAUUAGAACGAAAUCAUUUAAAUUGUCUCUUGAAUAAUGUCUGUAAAAUACUGUCAUACCCAUGACAAUAAAGAUGUAAU